UGUUGGGUGUCCUCUACUGUUACAGCUCUGGUCUUACGAGCGCUUUCCCGUCGGUAGGCCAGAGAUGGACUUCGAGCCGUACGUCCAGCUGUCCGUAGACCACGACGACGUCGACAGACCUACGAUGGGUUCGUUGUGGUGCCUCAGGAGGCCUUCUUGGGUCGGCGUGCAGACGAGGAAGUCGUACCACGACUUCGUUGAACAGUUUGACGCUCUUGUGGACACGGACGUGAGGUGGACUCCGUACACUGCAGCCGACAUUUACGCCCGGGCACCGAGCGGUCUUUCGUCCUUAUGCCUGCGAGAUCACGAGUACUGGAUGACGAGGAAGCCGAUCCUUUACGACAUCCACGUCGAGGAGUACCACGUUCACCGGGUUAUGAGGCAGUUCGGUCUCUACUAGCAGACCCCGGUCCCGAUUGUGCACUCAG